GGCCGGCAGACCGCGGGCGGGCUCGGUGCCGGCGGGGAUGGGAGGCCCGCCCCCUGCCCUGGCCGCGAUGUUGGCUUGAUGGAAUGGUCCAUGGCAAUGCUGUAUCUUCCUCCAUCCCUUCUGCCUGAAGCACGGCUUUGAAGAGGUGUGGUGCCACGGCUAGGUGCUGAGCAGCAGCCUAAGAGAGCAAGACUGAGGUAUGGGAUAAGAUCUGCCUGGGGUAGUAAGCAUGGUGCGAGAACGAAAAUGCAUAUUGUGUCACAUUGUAUACAGCUCAAAAAAGGAGAUGGAAGAACACAUGAGGAGCAUGCUUCACCACAGAGAACUUGAAAACCUGAAAGGAAGGGACAGCAACCACGAGUGCCAGGUGUGCAGGGUGACACUGGUGGGCUUGUCAGCAUAUGCCAAGCACAUCUCCAGCCAGCUACACAAAGAUAAUGUUGAUGCCCAUGAUAAAGUGGAAGAGAAAGAGGAGACAGAAGAAGAAUACCUUGACAAAGAACUCAUUCAACUGAUCAAACAAAGGAAGGAACGGAACCGGCAAGUUGAACCAUGCUGUACAAACCAAGAAACAGAAUGCGAUGAUAGGAGAUCACAGAGGAGGCGAGAAGAGAGAGCUACAUACAAAGAAAGAGAAGCUUAUGAUCAGUCAUCGUGGCAUCAUCAUAAUGCAUUACAAAGGGACUGGAAAUGGGAAAGGGAUGAUUAUAUUAAUUCUAGACAGGGCAGAUUUUCACAUUCCCAGAGAAACCUUAAUAUAAGUAGGCAUCCAGGUGGCCCAAGGGGACGCUCUGGGUGGCACCAAAAUGUUUCAGGAAGCUCUUCAAGUUGGCAUAAGUAUGGGAAUUCUGGAGUUGUUUGGCAUCCAAAUGGGCGAGGAGGAGGAGGAACAUCAAAUUGGCAUCACAAUGCCAGAGGGAGGAAUUCUACUUGGCACACGGAAGGAACAGGUAAUUUUUCUAGUUGGAAUUGCAAGAGUUAUGGAGGAAACUGGAAGUCUAUUUCUCAUGGUGCAAAUAGCUGGAAUUUUGGAAGCUCUGGAGAUACAUACUUAUUAGAGCCAGCUAAAUAUAAUAAGGAAAGAUAUAUGUGGCAGUGGCAGGAGAAAGACGUGACUGUUCUUCCAUACAGAGAUCGAAAUAAUAGGAGUGACUCAUUUGAUUUUACUAGUGAUAAACUUCCUUCUGAGGGGGCAUUGGAUUUUGGUACUUCAAAGCAACCAGAAAGUAAAGCUCCAAGAAACAGUGGGAAAAGUGGGAGCCCUUCAAGAGAAAAAAUACAUCGCUGGACUCCCUACCCAUCCCAAAAAUCUGUAGAGCAGCAGUCAUGGUUUGAAGAUGUUUCUAAAGCUACAGAGAAAAUGGAUUCUGUAUUUUUGCCUCUUACUGAAUCACCAGGAAAGGGAAAGACUUGUGAAGCCACUGCUAGCGUCCCAAAACUUAAAAAAUCAGAAGCAUCUUCCCAUUCUAAUGUAACUCUAGAUUACCCUGAUUCCAGUGAUGAAAAGCCUGACAAAGAUGAUGGCAGAAGUAGUAGGAUGCCAUCGCUGAAAUCCCCUCUUCUAAAUAUUACAGACAUGAAGUUGUCUUCCCAAAAGCAAGACACCAAAAGUCUGUUAAAAAAUGUUAAGUCUCUGUUGUCCUCACCUAAUAGCAAAGAACAGAACUGUUUGAAAGCAUUGAAUCUGGAAGCUAACAAUUUACCUUCUUAUUCAUCAAAGCUGCGUGGUCUGUCUGCUGAUAACUUAGAAGGAAGCAACAAAGACGCACUUAGCAGUAAUGUUGGGGAACCUGCUAUUAACUUAGGUGAAGCAGAACGAAAACCCAAAGAUAUUCAGUCCAACCAUUCCUUACAAAGUCCUCCCUUAAACUCUUGCAAGAAUACAAGUGAUCAGAAUAUGGAAGGAACUGGGAAAGCGUCACCGAAGAACAAGUUCAGACUACAUUCAUUGGAAGAUGUGAGUGAUGAUGAGUUAACAGGAAGAGAGAAAUUAGAAAUAAGAGCUGAAAAACUGAGUCCUUCUGUUAGUUCUUGUUUACCCUGUGACACUCCAGAAGGCAAACUUGCUGCCUCUGAAAAGGAUGUUGAUGAAAAGCCAUCUGCUUCAAGCAUUGCAUCUGCUGAUCUGAAAGAUUCUGCAUUUCAGAUGGAAUCCACAGUUUCUUCAUCAAACAGUCAGGAUCACUUGCAUGUGGGUUUGAGAAUCUCCUCACAGGAGAAAGAAGCGAAUGAAGAGCAUGUCAAGUCAGGCGGUCGCUUUGAGGUGGAAGGUUUUGAAAAUCAUUCAGACCAUGAGCUGCAGAAGGGAGGAAGUCAAUCACUAGGCCUCCUUCCUGAUUUAAGCAAACUUGGCCUCCCAGCCUCUCUGCAAAGAGAUCUGACGCGACAUAUUAGUUUGAAGAGCAAAGUGGGAAUACACCUUCCAGAGCCCAAUCUCAAUAACGCACGGCGCAUUCGGAAUAUAAGUGGCCAUCGGAGAAGUGAGGCUGAGAAAGAAUCGGGCCUUAAACCAACCCUCAGGCAGAUUCUUAGUGCUUCCCGGCGAAAUGUAAACUGGGAUCAAGUCAUCCAGCAGGUAUCAAAGAAGAAACAGGAGCUUGGCAAAGGUUUACCAAGGUUUGGUAUAGAAAUGGUGCCUCUCGUUCAAAAUGAUCAAGAGAGUCUAGAACUUGGUGAAGAAUCUGAUCUGUCUACUCUGGAAGGAUUCCAGUGGGAAGGGAUUUCCUUAGCAGUGCCUGGAUCAGCCAGAAAACGUAGCUUUUCUGAAAGCAGUGUCAUUGCAGACAGACACCCUUCUGCUUACAGCUUUUUUAGUGAACAACCCAAAGCAAAAGAACGUGAGGAAAGGCAAAUAGUUGCAGACAGACACCUAUGUGAUAUAACAUCUGGAUACGAGGCAAGUGUUGACAUUGAAGCUGACUUGAAACAGGAGACCUCUUCUCUUUCUUUGUCACCAUUUAUAUCUGAAAGAACUGAGACCCCUGGAAAGAAACAAAGCCUACAGGCUAGUUCUGAGCUCGCUGGCCUCACAAAAGCAGAGCAAGACAGUCUAGACAAGAGAACAUCUCUUCUUGAAAAACAGAAUGUGUUAGAAAUCUCAGAAGAAAAUCCUCUGGCUUCAAGUGAUGUACUUCUUGCAGUGUCUAGUAACGUAGAUGCAGCAACGGACAGUAGCUACACUUCUGGUACUGAGCAAAAUGACAGCCAAGGAAUUGGAAAGAAACGAAGAGCGACAGGAGAAGGAUCCUCUCCUGAAAUCCCCAGUCUGGAAAGAAAGAAUAAAAGAAGAAAAAUCAAAGGUAAAAAAGAACGUUCUCAAGUAGACCAGUUGUUGGCUAUUUCACUGAGGGAAGAAGAAUUGAGCAAGUCCCUGCAUAGCGUGGACAAUAGUCUCUUGCAGGCUAGAGCUGCCCUGCAGGCUGCAUAUGUUGAGGUUCAACGGUUCCUUGUGUUAAAGCAACAGAUAACCAUGGAAAUGAGUGCACUGAGAAGCCAGAGGAUCCAGAUCUUGCAAGGCCUACAAGAGACAUAUGAACCUUCUGAACUGUCAGAGCAACUCCCCAGUAGUGUCUCAAGUGAGAGAAGAAACAGUGAAUCUCAGGUGUCAGCUGAUUUGCUUCCUGCAGGCUCUUUCUUGCCCCUUUUGGACACUUUGUCUGUACCUCCACUGGGAACUGCUGUUCACAUAGACACAUCAACACCACUCCAUUCUGGCAUCACAUUCACCACUCCUCCGGACUCCUCAGUACAAAUUAAACGAGAACCUGUGUCUUUGGAAGCCUCAGAAGAAAACGUGAAUACUGUACUCCAGAGCUCUCUGUGUGCUUCACGAACAGAAGUGGUAGCACAGAAGGAUGAAGAAAUCAUCCAAAAAACAUCAGUGUAUCCGGUUAUCUCUGCAACCAUAUCCCUAUCAGAGCUGACAGCUUGUUUCCAGCACACUAGUCAAGAAGUUCACAAGCCUGCUGUGGAUAGGGGAAAGGCUGGACUUUUGGAGAAUCCUUCUCCUUCGCUGUCUACUUUCAGCAAAAGAGAAGCAAAUGGAGUGACUGAAAGCUUUUUACUGGAUCAGUGUAGCACCUUGCUUCCAGAUCGUUCAGUCCUUCUAGAAAUGCCAAUGGAUAAAACUCCCAGAUUGUCAGCAGAACCAUCGGAACAACAGGCAGCAAACACUCUAGUCCCAGCAGAAAAGGGAAACAGAAGGAGAAGAAAGUUAAGAAAAAAGAAAACGCUGAGGGCAGCUCAUGUGCCAGAAAACAGUGACACAGAACAGGAUAUAAUUGACUGUAAGCCUACCCGGAAGGUCAAGAGUGGAAAAGUUUCUAAGGGAGAAAAAAUUACAACAUCAACUCCUCAAAAACAAGGAGAUGGUGUUGCUGUUCAAGCAGCUAGAAACAAGGAUGAGAAUGAUAGUGAUGCUUCUUUGGAACUAGUGGAAGUUGCAGUGCCCCAGUGUGAAGUGGUUGAUGUUGGUUCAUCAGAGUCAGGAGAUGAGAAACCAGAUAGUCCAUCAAAGAGAGAGUUGUGCAGCACUGUGGACCAAGCAGUCUUAGAGGCAUCUUGCUCAGGUUAUGAUGAAGUGAGCUCUACCAGUGAGAUUGGCACAAGUUAUAGGGAUGAUACGAAAAGAAGUGUGGCUGACACACAGGCUUCUAUAUCAUCACUAAGAGGAUCAAAGAACUCAUCAGAAGUGUCUUCAGAGCCAGGUGAGGAUGAAGAACCUACAGAGGGGAGCUUUGAAGGACACCUGGCUGCAGUGAAUGCUAUUCAGAUUUUUGGGAAUUUGUUGUACACCUGCUCAGCAGACAAAACAGUUUGUGCCUACAAUCUGGUUAGCAGGAAGUGUGUGGCUGUCUUUGAGGGACAUACUUCAAAAGUGAACUGCCUCCUAGUCACUCAGACAAAUGGGAAGAAUGCUGCGCUUUACACUGGCUCAAGUGAUCACACCAUCAACUGUUACAAUAUCAAGACCAAAGAAUGCAUGGAACAGUUUAAACUGGAAGAUCGGGUGCUCUGUUUACACAGCAGAUGGCGGAUCCUUUACGCAGGCCUUGCAAAUGGCAGUGUGGUUACAUUCAGCAUAAAGAACAACAAGAAAGUUGAUACCUUUGAAUGCCACAGCCCUAGAGCAGUGAGCUGCUUGGCCACAGCUCAGGAAGGAGCACGCAAGCUGUUGGUAGUGGGCUCCUAUGACUGCACCAUCAGUGUACGAGAUGCGCGGAAUGGGUUGCUUCUCAGAACUCUUGAAGGUCACAGCAAAACUAUACUCUGCAUGAAGGUUGUGAAUGAUCUGGUGUUCAGUGGUUCCAGUGACCAGUCUGUCCACGCCCACAACAUUCAUACUGGAGAACUGGUACGGAUCUAUAAAGGUCAUAACCACGCAGUAACGGUUGUGAACAUUCUGGGGAAAGUGAUGGUAACAGCAUGCCUCGAUAAAUUUGUUCGUGUUUAUGAACUACAGUCACAUGACCGCUUGCAAGUUUAUGGAGGCCAUUCAGAUAUGAUCAUGUGCAUGACCAUCCAUAAGAGCAUGAUCUACACUGGAUGUUAUGAUGGCAGCGUCAGAGCUGUGAGGCUUAAUCUGAUGCAGAACUAUCGUUGCUGGUGGCAUGGAUGUUCACUGAUCUUUGGAGUUGUUGACCACCUGAAACAACACUUGCUAACUGACCACACCAACCCAAAUUUUCAGACCUUAAAAUGUCGUUGGAAGAACUGUGAUGCUUUCUUUACUUCCAGGAAAGGUUCCAAGCAGGAUGCUGUGGGACACAUUGAAAGACAUGCUGAGGAUGACAGCAGGGUUGACUCAUGAAACUUUUCACCUCCCACAUUGGGAAGUAAUUCAUGUCAAGAUUAUUCCAAAUAACAUCAGUUUCUUACUCCAGUCUUUUCUCUUGCUUUUACUACUUGGAAUGCAAAAAGGAAGUGGAGCUGAAAAGCCUUGCUACAGAGCUGAAGGUUAUGUUACAUGCUGUAGACAUAAGGCUGGUCACUUAAGAAGUGGCCCAAAUGUAAGAUUCUGUCAAGUUUUCAAUUUGUUGAUAAAUAAGACUAUUUUCCCCCCCAUCUGCCUUCUUUUAUGAAGUAUGUUCUUGAGAAUGUUUGGGAAGUGCAGAGGGGUGUUGAGAAGUUAGAUGACGAUGGGUGCUGGUAUUUACACACUCAGCUUGAAACCUGUUAAGUGUCUAACUAAAACAUGCCUGUUUUUAUUAGAUCUAUUUUUGCUGAUUUUAAUAAAAAUCUGCAAACCAGAACAUCAAAAAAUCUGGCAGUGUAUCCAGAAUACAUAUUGGCUUUCUUCAUAAAAAGAAAUGGUAUUUUAUGGAGAACUGGAAUGAGUUUUUUAACGUUAACUGUAAUUUAUAUUUUAAUCUUUGUCUAAAAAAUUUCUAUAAUUGCCACAAUAUAUAUGGUGACAGGCUACCCUAAAUAUUACACCUCCUGAGGUGUUUUGGUGUUUUCUUUGGAGGAAAGCAGUCCUUUGACAGGUAUGCGAGCAGCAGCAGAACAGCUCUGCUCUCAUCCCUUUCAAUCUUAGUCUCUCGUAGGUCCUAAUGUGCAGGAAGGGAGAAACCAGUAUCAGCUUUUGUUUCUCAGUGUAACCACUAUUAUUUGAUACAUCACUAGAGUUGGAUUCCUUAUGUGAUUCCUUUGGAAUUCCAUAAUCCUGUAUCUUUAUUACAAAGCAAACAAAUAGAAGUUCAAAGUCACUAUAAAGUAGAAGAAUUUAGAUCUAGUGUUACUUUGUUUCUGUUGUGAACUGGCUUAAUUUGCUGUAUUAAGUUCACAAAAAGUCAACAGGAUUCUAUGAUUUUUAAGUCUAAAAUUCUCAAGCAGAAGCUGGGGAUACAAAAUGCAUGUUUAAUAGAAAAAAAAAUUAUCUUGUUUCCAGAGAUGUACAUAAUGGACACAGGGAAGCCAGUGCAGAGUGGAAGAGUCUCUACUUGUGCAGGUGCCUCUGCUGCUGUCUCUUAGGGUUGCAGACUUGACCUCAUUUUUCUAUCGUGUUCAGUGAAAUUGAACUUUUGCAUUCGUGAUGCUUUUUAAAGUAAGAUGAAUCUGGCGAAGAAGUCUCUCAAACAAUGAAACUGAUCUGCCAAAAACCUUUUUGUUGGUGUUUGACUAGCCUUCUGCUUAAAAAAAAAAAAAAAGCAGGAGUCUCCUUAAAAUGUAGCAGAAGAUAAAGAUAUUCCACUGUCAAAACUGAGUCACUUAUAAGCAUAUCCAAUGCUUUUCAAAGUGAAUGUACUGCUUUCAGUGGAUAUCUCUUUAAUCAUCCAUUCUAGACUUCCUAUGCUAUCCAUAGACCAAAUGUAUUUUGUAGCUUCAUUCUUUGACUGCAACAGAAUCUUUUUAGGCCAAGACUGACUGAAGGAGGCCCAUUGAUGUUCAGCUCUGCUAUCAAAUCAAGGGACUUCAGGGCCUUCUCUGAAGCACACAGUGUUAAUAUUGUGUUAUUGCACAAGCAUAAUUCCUCUGUAUUUGCUUGACAUUGAUGUUUUUUUUUUCUUGAGAAAGACAGGAAUAAAGUAGGAACAAUAUACAAGAGAAUCCUACUUCAGACAUAGGAAUUCUUGAGGUUCCAAUGCGUUUUGUAGUUCUUUAGGUGAUUUUUUUUGGAGGUGUUUUAUUGUUGCUGUUGUUUGUUUUUGUUUUUAUUAAGAUGUUUGUAGACAGGAGAAAUAAAAGCAAUAUGUGACUUAGACUCAAGGCAGCUUUGAGAGUUUUAUGUAUUUUUUUGAGGGGGGGGGGAAUGCAUUGUUUUCUGCUUUAUUGCUCUGGAAUCUCCAAGGGUGUUUGAGAUAUUUUUUGUUUUUUUGUUUUUUUGGUUUUUUAAUAAGUAGAGGGUUUCAUAUGACUUAAACUAUUUCCACCAUUACUGAUAUUAAAGAGGUUUUUUUGAACCCCAGUGAGGGAGAUGUAGAAGUAUGGAAGGAAACAAUAUUGGCUUUUUGAGCUAUUCUUCAUCAGUUGUGAUUGAAGUGAUGGCAUGGAGCUCUGUGGUCAAAGGACAAGCAUGUGGAGUGGUUCUAUCACUAAACAUUGUGUGUGAAAGUAGAUUUUGAUACUUGGUGAUUCUUAUGCUCUCAGCUGAUGCCUUUGUUUUCAGGAACAUGCAGAGAUCUUUCUCACUAAAUGUUGCAACAAAGGCAGUUAUUACACUUUAUUUGCAUUCCUGGUUAGUUAUUGUGUUGAUCUUUUUUAGAUGGUGUAAAAGGAGACUUUUCUUGUAGUCAGUGAUAUUUCCUUCUUUGUUCUUAAAAACAGUCCGAUCCAAAAUUUUGGACUUCAGAAAUCCAGCUUUAGCAGUGGUGUCUUUUGCUACUUCAUAGGUGGUUACAGAUCCAUUUUCAGAAUCUUUAAAAUGGGUAAGAGACAGGAAAAUAGCAGAGCUGCAUGAGUGCUUAUCAAUUUUGCUUUCUAUGUAUGAAAAGAUAUAUGUAUAUUACUCAAGGGCUCAGAGGAAAUAUUGUGCUGUGUUGUCAUGAGGUUAUCUUAACAGGAUUUGCUAGGAAGUUGUCAUGCAGAUAUGAAAUUCCACAUACUUCCUUGGACUUCUGUGGGGAAUGCAGCUUCCAUUAAUGGCUGUUUGUUUCCUCCACAUGUGGUUGCAGAAGAGCAAUGGUAAAUUGGUGUGUUAGAUCGGCAGCCAUUGAUGAGAUCCUCUCCAGGUUUGCAACUGGGGGUUCUGACCUGUGAUAUACCUCUGGUCAGAGAGUGGUCAGGAAGGGCCAUUGUGAAACAUGAGUGGGGCAACUUCCAUGUGAGAAGCAGCACUACGCAUCUGAAGCCAGUGUUCAGGACUGUUUUUGUUAUGAGUUUGGUUUUUAUGCAACUAAGGAGUUGUGGGUGUGGAAGAGUGAGUGAAGUGA